AUUUAUUUAGUGAAAUUAUGUUUCGAACAUGUUUACGAAACUUAAAAAAUACCUCUAAAUUUAGAACUAUUAAAAUUCAAACAAUUAAAUUAAAUCCACCUAGACGUUUGAUAAGUAAAAUGAGUGAUCGAGUACAUUUUCUAUUACCAAACAAUCAGCCAAUUGUUGAAUUAGAAUGUGCAACAGCAUUUAAUGCACUUACCAAUGAUGAGAAAAAGUAUGCUCAUUAUUUGAGUCGAGCAGCUUGGAAUGGUGGUCUUAUCGUCUUAGUACAAACAAGUCCUGAAUCCCCAUUGAUAUUCGUAUUGCUACAUAAAAUAUUCCUGGCUCAAAAUAUUGAAGAAUUACAAAAGGGUGCGCUGGGAGAAGGAAAAUUAACCGAAGAUGAAUUUACUGCAUUUUUGGUGUAUUCAUGUGGAAUUUUUACAAAUUCUGGAAACUAUAAAGGAUUUGGUGAUACAAAAUUUAUACCAAAUUUAGAUUGUUCUAAAUUUGAAAGCCUUGUUCGUUGCAGUGAAGCAUAUCGCCGUGAACCGAAAGUGAUACAAUCAUUAUGGGAUCGAAUUAAGGUUCCAGCUUAUAAACUAGAUGAAAAAGAUAAAAGUUUAGGUUUAAAUGAAAAGGGUGUUACUACAUACUUUUCUGCAAACUGUAGCUUGAAAGAUGCUGAACUAGUAAAUAAAUGGGCGAAAACGAAAAAUAUCGAAUGUUAUAAUUCUCGAUGUUUUAAGACAACUGAAAAUAAUACUACUGUUUAUGAUAUUAAACUAGCAUCAAUUGAAGAGGGUCCUCAAGAGGGUAUAACAAUACCCGAAGAAUCAUUCGAGGGAUGCAAGUUUCGUGUAACUCGCGGUGAUUAUUCAGGUCUUUUAAAAUUAGUAAAUGAAGAUUUAAAAAGUGCACAAAAAUAUGCAGCGAAUGAAAAUGAGAAACUUAUGCUGGAAGAGUAUAUUAAGCACUUUAGCACCGGCUGUUUGAAUGCACAUAAGAAUGGAAGUCGUUAUUGGAUUAAAGAUAAAGGGCCUGUGAUUGAAACAUAUAUUGGAUUUAUUGAAACUUACCGUGAUCCAGCUGGUAUGCGAGGUGAAUUUGAAGGAUUUGUUGCAAUGGUUAACAAGGAAAUGUCUGUGAAAUUUACUACUUUAGUUGAGAAGGCUGAAGAUUUGUUACCAAAUUUACCAUGGCCUACAUCUUUCGAAAAAGAUACCUUUCUUCGUCCCGAUUUUACGUCUCUAGAUGUGUUAACAUUUUCAGGAAGUGGAAUCCCAGCUGGAAUUAACAUACCAAAUUACGAUGAAAUUCGACAAUCAGAAGGUUUCAAGAAUGUCUCAUUAGGAAAUGUAAUACCAGCUAAUUACAAAGAAAGUUUAACCCCAUUCUUAAAUCAAGAAGAUCAAGAUUUACUUGUGAAACAUCGUGUGGCAGCAUUUGAAGUACAAGUGGGUCUUCAUGAAUUACUAGGUCAUGGUAGUGGAAAAUUAUUCCGUAAAGAAGAUAAUGGCAAAUAUAAUUUUGAUAUUGCUAGCGUAAAAAAUCCAUUAACUGGCGAAGCAAUUGAUAAAUGGUUUGAACCUGGUGAAACUUACGAUUCAAAAUUCACAACUUUAGGAUCAAGUUAUGAAGAAUGUCGAGCGGAAUGUGUUGGCUUAUAUUUGAGUUUGGAUAGAGAUAUCUUAAAAAUUUUCGGUCACGAAGGUGAAACCGCUGAAGAUAUUAUUUACAUAAAUUGGUUAAGCCUUAUAUGGAAUGGUGUUGGAAAAGCAUUAGAAAUGUACCAGCCAACUUCGAAAACAUGGCUACAAGCACACGCUCAAGCACGAUAUGUAAUAAUGCGUGUACUUGUAGAAGCCGGUGAUGAUUUUAUUACAAUAACUGAAACUGAAGAAGGUAAAAAUCUUCUUCUUACAAUUGAUCGUACUAAAUUAGAUACAGUUGGUAAAAAAGCAAUUGGAGACUUUUUAUGUAAAUUACAAGUGUAUAAGUCAUUAGGCGAUUUUGAAAGUGCCUCAAAAAUGUAUAAUGCAUAUUCAGAAGUACCUGAAAGUGGACCGUAUCCAUGGGCACAAUGGCGCGAGAUUAUUAUGGCUCACAAACAGCCUAGAAAAAUGAUGGUUCAAGCAAAUACUUUAGUUAAAGGCGAUGAAAUAAUAUUAAAAAAUUAUGAAUCAAAUUUUGCUGGGUUAAUCAAAAGUGUAGUGGAACGUUUUCCAAAUGCCGAAAUUGAUACAAUUUUAGAAGAACUUUGGGAAAAAGAUCAAAAAUAUUUUUAAAUUGUUUUUUAUAACUGUUGAAAAAUUUUCCUACA